UCUGUCUCGUGAUCGGAGACCAUUCUGGAUCCUUAAGGUGCGGGUCUCUUGGUAGAGUCACCGUAAAUAAACAAAACCUCCUGCAUUGGCGCUGCCGGGAUCGCAGAGCCUGGCGGGAAAUGAAGUCUUUGCCUCUAGUGACCUGCCGCUCCCGCCCCCCGCACAGGAUGAUGGGAACGGCUCUUCCGCCUUCCUUCUGCGCAUGUGCAGCUCCACCCACUCCGCCAUCUUACUCCGGAAAUUCCAGCUCUUGCGGCUUUUCUUGUGCUUGUCCUGCAGACCUGGGGAUGGGUUCUGUGUUCCUGAAGGAGUUCGUGUCAUUCGAGGACGUGGCUGUAGGCUUCACCUGGGAGGAGUGGCAGGACCUGGACCACGCUCAGAGGACUCUAUACAGGGAUGUGAUGCUGGAGACAUAUAGCAACCUAGUGUCCUUAGAUGUCCAGAAAGUGGAUGACCUAAAUGAGACCAGCGAGAAAAGUCAAGAUAAAACUUUGUGGCAACUUGUAAUCACCAACAACAACAUAUCAACUAAGGAGAGAAUUGAACUAGAAAAAACAUUUAGUUUGAGCUUAAACCAUGUCUUAAAGCUGAUUACAAAUAAUGAGAACUAUAUAGGAAUGAUACCUGAGGAGUUUAGUGUAUGUCAGAAUAUGCUUCUCUCUAGUAAUUUUGAUGAGCUGCAUGCUCAAGAGGAGCCUGAUCUUAAUCCAACUGGCAAAUUCCUCAGACAUCCUGAGCAUUUUAGUCAGCUUCCUAAGAUUCCAGUUGGGCAGCAACCUUUUGAAUAUUCUGGACAGGAGAAAGCCUUCCACAGAGAGGCAGUAUUGUUGACACAGAAGAGGAUUCAUAUGUAUGGGGCUUGUAAAUAUGCAUAUGCGAAAGCCUUUGAUAAUUCGGCUCUCAUUGCCCAAGAGAGAACUCAGGAAGGGAGGAAACCAUUUGAAUAUGAUGUUUAUGGAAAUAUAUUUUAUAAAAACUGUGACCUCACUAAACAUCCAAUAAUACACACAGGAGAGAAACCCUAUAGAUUUAGUGAAUUUGAGAAAUCCUUCAUUAAGAAAUCUUAUCUUACAAAACAUCAAAGAACCCAAACAAGAGAGAAGCCCUAUGGAUGUAACAAGUGUAGAAAAUUUUUCCAUGAGAAAUCAGACCUUAUUGUACAUCAGAAAACUCAUAUAGGAGAGAAACCCCACGAAUGUAAUGAAUGUAAGAAAUCUUUCUACAGGAAGUCGGACCUCACUGUACAUCAGAGAACUCACACAGGGGAGAAACCCUAUGAAUGUAAUGAAUGUCGGAAAUCUUUCAACCAGAAAUCAAAUCUCAGUAGGCAUCAGAGGAUUCACACAGGAGAGAAACCUUAUGAAUGUAAUAGAUGUAAGAAGUCUUUCUGCCAAAAGUCAGACCUCACAUUCCAUCAGAGAACACACACAGGAGAGAGACCCCAUGAAUGUAAGGAAUGUAGGAAAUCUUUCUACAAGAAGUCAGAUCUCACUGUACAUAAGAGAACUCAUACAGGAGAGAAACCCUAUGAAUGUAAUGUAUGUAGGAAAACGUUCUACCAGAAGUCAAAACUCACUGUUCAUCAAAGAACUCACACAGGAGAAAAGCCCUUUGAAUGUAAUGAAUGUAGAAAAUCUUUCAAUAGGAAGGCAGACCUUACUGUACAUCAGAGAACACACACAGGAGAAAAGCCCUAUGAGUGUAAUGAAUGUAGGAAAUCUUUCUAUCAAAAAUCUGUCCUUACUGUACAUCAGAGAACUCACACAGGAGAAAAGCCCUAUGAAUGUAACAACUGUAGGAAAGCCUUUUGCCAGAAGUCACACCUCAGUAGGCAUCAGAAAACUCACACAGGAGGUAAACCCUAUGUAUAUAAUAAAGAUGAAAACAUCUUUUUUUCAGACCUUACCCUUGAGCAGACUUCAGAGAACUCACACAGUAGGAAUCCUGUAGGGCAGUGACUAGCUGUGUUCUCCAAAAAACAAUCUCUUUUCUCUGGGACAUACACUUAGUCUGCAUUUUUGAGCCAAAUAAUUGUU